AUGCGGUCUCAGCUGGCCCUGAUCCUUGGACGUGGCUUGAUCGAGUUGGGCGGAGUGGUCAUUGGCGUGUUGGCAAGCGAAAUCAUCACCCGCUGGUUCAAGUACGCUGCCUCCCUCAUGGUCAUUACUUUUAUCCUUGUCGUUGGCUUUGAAUCUAGGCGUAUCCCGACUAGGGAGUGUCGCCGCCUCAACCCUCAUCCCGAAUAUGAUCGGGAGUUCCAAUGUAGUUCCGCAACUUGGAUGGGAACUCUAUUAUCGCUAGGCGCCAUUGCUAUCAGCGUCACCACUCUUCUAGCCCUCACAAAUGCCGUAUCUAGACAAACAACCGCUCCAGAUACCGGCUCUGCCGUUCCCGUGCGUCAGCUUCCUCGCAUCUACUGGCAUCUGAGUCUCAUCUGCGUCCUGGAAUAUGGGGGCAUCAAUACCUUCACCAACUCCACGCAGCGUUUUCUAGCAUCAUGGUUCUACCACGGUAAUCAACGCACAGCGGGGCUCGCAACCAAGUACUCUCCCCCAGGGCCCGUCGUGAAACAAUUCCCCAAAUCUGACCCCUGGAAUCUGCUAUUCAGUAUCCCCUACGCCCUUUCAGGAAUCCUCGUCCCCUUAAUCGGCCUCUUACUCGACCUGCCAUGGUUCUGA